CCGCACGCCGCCCUCUGGGAGGCGGCGCGCCGCAUCGCGUCGCGGGGAGCCAUGUUUGUGGCGCGCAGCAUCGCGGCGGACCAUAAGGAUCUCAUCCACGAUGUCUCCUUCGACUUCCACGGGCGCCGCAUGGCCACCUGCUCCAGCGACCAGAGCGUCAAGGUCUGGGACAAAAGUGAAAGUGGAGACUGGCAUUGUACCGCUAGCUGGAAGACACAUAGUGGAUCUGUAUGGCGUGUGACAUGGGCUCAUCCUGAGUUUGGACAGGUUUUGGCCUCCUGUUCUUUUGAUCGAACAGCUGCUGUGUGGGAAGAAAUAGUAGGAGAGUCCAAUGAUAAACUGCGAGGACAGAGUCACUGGGUGAAGAGGACGACUUUAGUGGAUAGCAGAACAUCUGUUACUGAUGUGAAAUUUGCUCCCAAGCAUAUGGGUCUUAUGUUAGCAACCUGUUCAGCAGAUGGUAUAGUAAGAAUAUAUGAGGCACCAGAUGUCAUGAAUCUCAGCCAGUGGUCUCUGCAGCACGAGGUCUCCUGUAAACUAAGCUGUAGUUGUAUUUCUUGGAACCCUUCAAGUUCUCGUGCCCACUCCCCCAUGAUAGCUGUAGGAAGUGAUGACAGUAGUCCAAAUGCAAUGGCCAAGGUUCAGAUCUUUGAAUACAAUGAAAACACGAGGAAAUAUGCAAAAGCUGAAACUCUUAUGACAGUCACUGAUCCUGUUCAUGAUAUUGCAUUUGCUCCAAAUUUGGGAAGAUCUUUCCACAUUCUAGCAAUAGCAACCAAAGAUGUGAGAAUUUUUACAUUAAAGCCUGUGAGGAAAGAGCUUACUUCCUCUGGUGGGCCAACAAAAUUUGAAAUUCAUAUAGUGGCUCAGUUUGAUAAUCAUAAUUCCCAAGUCUGGAGGGUGAGCUGGAACAUAACGGGAACAGUGUUAGCAUCUUCUGGAGAUGAUGGCUGUGUAAGAUUGUGGAAAGCGAAUUAUAUGGACAAUUGGAAGUGCACUGGUAUAUUGAAAGGUAAUGGGAGCCCAGUUAAUGGGAAUUCUCAACAGGGAAAUUCAACUCCUUCCCUUGGCUCAACUAUUCCAAAUCUCCAAAAUUCAUUAAAUGGAUCUUCUGCUAGCAGAAAGUAUUUCUUUCCCCCUCUGGAUUCCCCAAGGGCUGGAUCAAGAUGGUCCAGUUCUUCUCAGCUCCUUCCUCCUCCUCCUGCUCCUCUGGUAGAGCACUCUUGUGAUGCCGACACUGCCAACCUCCAGUAUCCUCAUCCUCCCAGAGGGUAUCUCUCUCGGCCUCUUAAUCCCUUACCUGAGAAUGAAGGGGUUUAAGUGCUGACUCAAAGGCCUCCUUACUCAAAUGCUUGUAAAUGCUUUCAUCCCAG